GCUGGUUUCAACUUAAGGCAUUUUGUAUUGAUGAGGGAUUUUGUCGUCCCCUGGAAUGGAACGAGUGAUUCGUUCUAGAUCGUCCUCAGCAACUUGUUGAUUUAAAUUUUAAAACUUUAUGCAUACGUAUAAGUAUGUUUUGAUAUUAUUCUAGGUGGUAAUUUUGUUUGUAGUUAUUCUUGCAAUGGAAGCAAAUUUUGAUAACCAGGGAGAUCUAGUCCCAUCAGAACUUGGAACAAAAGAAUAUUGGUCAACAGUAUAUGAAAAUGAAAAAGAUAAUUUUAAAAACUAUGGGGACCCAGGUGAAAUUUGGUUCGGUGAAGAGAGCGAAGAAAGGAUCUUGCGAUGGUUAGAAAAAAAGAAAAUAUCCAAAAAUAAAGAAAUAGUGGACUUAGGCUGUGGCAAUGGAAUGAUGCUGGUUUCAUUGAGCAGAAGUGGAUUUACUAACUUGACAGGAAUUGAUUAUUGCUCUGAAGCUGUGGAACUAUCAAAAUCAGUAGCUCUUUCCCAUGACAUACACAACAUCAAUUUUAAGGUAUUAGAUCUAGUUGGAAAUUUAGAUAUUUCUGGUUUUGAUAUUGCUUUCGAUAAAGGUACAUAUGAUGCAAUCAGUCUUAAUCCUGAAAAUGCUGUUGAAAAAAGGCAAAGGUAUAUUGAAAAUGUAUCUAAUUUAUUAAAUGAUGAUGGAUUGUUUAUUAUAACUACUUGUAACUGGACAGAUCAUGAAAUUGUUUCACAUUGCAAAGAUGUAUUUCAGUGCUUUGAAGUAAUACCAACACCCACCUUUCAAUUUGGUGGGAAAAUAGGUAAUGUUGUAUCGACUCUCGUUCUUCAAAAGAAACUAAAAUAAGAUGUAUCAAUUUAUCAUAAAAUAAUUGCCGAAAUAUUUAAAAAUAAAAGUUUAUUAUUUAUAAAUUCAA